UGUGCAUUCUUCUUAUUUUUACAACAUUAACAUUUAAACCCAAUAUAAUAAUAAUAGUAAUAAUAAUAAUAAAAAAAUUGAAAAAAUGGGGAAGGUGGUGGUGUGUGCGACGGUGAUCGGCGCAACGGCGGCAUGUGCGGUGGCGACAGUGUUAAUACAGCGUCACAUGAAGAAAUCAAGGAGAUGGGGAAAAGCAAUGUCGAUAUUGAAAGAGUUUGAAGAGAAAUGUGCGACUCCGACGUGGAAGCUGAAACAGGUUGCAGAUGCAAUGACGGUUGAGAUGCACGCCGGUCUUGCUUCCGAAGGUGGUAGUAAGCUCAAAAUGCUCAUCAGUUUCGUUCAUAAUCUUCCAACAGGGAAUGAGGAAGGACUAUUUUAUGCAUUGGAUCUUGGAGGGACUAACUUCCGUGUAUUACGUAUGCAACUCGGUGGCAAGGAUGGUGGUAUUAUUAGUCGAGAAUUUACCGAGGUUUCGAUUCCUCCUAAUUUGAUGGUUGGGACAUCAACUGCACUCUUUGACUAUAUUGCAGCAGAACUUGCAAAGUUUGUUAAUGAAGAAAGUCAAGAUUUCCAAGUUCCUCCAGGUAGAAAGAGGGAGCUAGGUUUUACUUUUUCCUUUCCUGUCAUGCAAACGUCAAUUGCUUCCGGCAACCUUAUCAAGUGGACAAAAGGCUUCAACAUCGAUGAUGCAGUUGGUCAGGAUGUUGUUGCUGAAUUGAGUAAAGCAAUUGAGAGACAAGGUCUUGAUAUGCACAUAACAGCUUUGGUCAAUGAUACAGUUGGGACAUUAGCUGGUGGCCGAUAUACAAACAAAGAUGUCAUGGCUGCCGUUAUUUUAGGUACCGGAACAAAUGCAGCGUAUGUGGAGAAUGCUCAAGCAAUACCAAAAUGGCACGGUCCUUUGCCCAAGUCCGGAGAAAUGGUUAUCAACAUGGAAUGGGGAAACUUCCUGUCAUCGCACCUUCCAUUAACGGAGUAUGAUAAUGCGUUAGAUGCUGAGAGUUUAAACCCUGGUGAACAGAUUUUUGAGAAGAUAAUUUCCGGAAUGUACUUGGGAGAAAUUGUUCGUAGAGUAUUAUGCAAAAUGGCUGAAGAAGCUUUCUUUUUUGGCGAGACUGUUCCUCAAAAACUGAAAGUUCCAUUCAUAUUAAGAACACCUGACAUGUCUGCCAUGCAUCAUGAUACAUCUGCUGAUCUCAAUGUUGUUGAAAGCAAACUGAAGAACAUUUUCGAGAUAUCUAAUACCUCCCUGGUAGUAAGAAAGGCGAUUGUUGAGCUUUGCAAUAUCGUUGCAACCCGCGGUGCUCGUCUUUCUGCUGCUGGCAUCUUGGGAAUCCUGAAGAAGUUGGGAAAAGAUACGGUCAGUGACGGCGAGGGUAACAAGAAUGUGAUAGCCAUGGAUGGUGGAUUGUAUGAGCAUUACACUGAGUAUAGAAAGUGCUUAGAGAAUACACUAAAAGAGUUGGUUGGUGAAGAUUUAUCAGAUAGUAUUGUUGUUGAACACUCUAAUGAUGGUUCAGGCACUGGUGCUGCACUUCUUGCUGCUUCUCAAUCCCAUUACCUUGAUGGUUAAUUAGCAAUGAUCAUGUUAUUGAGAGAUUUGUAUCAAUUAUUAUUUUGUGGAGGUUUCCAAUUAUGACCCUGAAGUCUUGGAAAGGUUGACUUCACAGAUAUCCUUCAAGCCAAUUUUUGCUCAACAAUAUUUCUUUACUUUCAUAUUUUUGAUUCUUUCAGGAGAAUUCUGAAAUGUUCUAUUGGUGUAUUAACCUUUUCAACAUUUUACACCACUUGAGCCUACAUUGUUGUUAGGAUAGGAUAUCUUUUGUGCCUAAAUUAUUGGAUUAUUUGAGAUGGGACUAUUAGUGUUGUCUGAUCAAAUAUUCAAAUAUGGGACCACUUGGUGGUAACCACUGAUAUUGGUUUCUUGAGGUAAAUUGAUGGUCCAUAUUGUUAUAGAUUAAUCCAACGAUUGAGAUUUUAUUUGAGGAAAUAAAGGGAUGGGCGACGACGAUCCACAUUAAAAAGUUGGAA